UUAUGUCAAAAUACAGCCCUGUGCUGAAAGAAGUUGAAGAAAUUCCAUUCUUUUUUCUGUAAAACAUCGGUCUCUGUAUUUUCUAUUAAAACAAUGUCGAUCGCAAGUAAUUUACGUAAUGCAAUCCUUCGAAAACCCCUGUGCAUUGAUUUGAAUAAAACACUUUUGAACCUGUCACUCAGAUGUAAUUCAAAUGCCGCCCUUCAGUAUGAUAAAGAUCCCAGCUCGGACUUCCUUAAUCCAAAAAUACAGAGCCUAUUAAAAUCACUGACUAGAGUUCGUCUGGAUAAGGUCUUCCGGAAACGUUCUGUACAGGAUAACACAGUUGAAUACAAAUUCCUGACCACCGAACAGCUGGAAGAUGAAUUCAAAAGAAUUAUUGCCGAUUCCGAGAGUAAUCUUCAAAUGCCUCCAGUUGUCAUGGUCAAAGAAGAUAAACAGAAAAUCAUAUCCCAAGAUCCGGCCCUAAAGAACUUCUCCGAUUCGAAAUUCGUCAUCACAGACAUCACCUUCGGCAUCAAACAAACCCAACGGAAAGUGGUUGUCCGGCAGAUCGAUGGAACUCUCGAACAAGCUCCAAUGGAAGUCACCAAGCGAAUGAUCCAGACAUACUUCCCACUUCCUGGGCGCAAGAUCCGCACUCCCCGAAUGUUCGAGGAGAAGAACCUCCAAAGAUGUCUCGAUGAAUUCAAAUACGAAUUUGUCUUGGAUCGACUAUGCAUUCAAUACGAACCAUUCGAGAAGGAAUUUCACUCGGUCUCGGCCAAAGUUUAUUCCCAUAUCAACGAACACAAGAAAUUCGAUGAUCUUCGGUCGACUCGUCACUUCGGACCAAUGGCAUUCUUCCUAGCAUGGCACAAGCAAAUCGACGAUCUCCUCUACGACAUCAUCAAGCGAGAUUACCUACGCAACGGAGUCGAACUCAUAACCAUCCUCUACAAAAUCCACAAAAUUCCAUUCGAUGAGAGUGUCCUACAGAAACUCGAUAGUAUUCCCCAGUCAUCUGAUAUUCUGGGCGAACUAAAGAAGUCCUACCAAGGAACUUCGGAUGAUAUUCAUGAAGAAAUCAAAUCAGCCAUUGGCAAGUCCCGGGAAGACUUCGAAGCCGAUGACAUUUGCUUGGGAUUCAUCGAUAAUUUCGUUAAGCAACAUUCACUGAAGAAGGUGCAGCUAGAAAUGGCCAUACAGACAUUCAAAGAGGAUAACGACGAGAAGAAGAAAUUGUACGAAGGACUUCGGAAGGCUCACGGGGUCAGCACUUGAAGGAAUGUAGCGAAAAGAAUUGGGAAGUUCUGAUAAUAAUAAUUGUUGUUUUAAUUUCUUUGAAUAAAAUAAGAAAAAAGAAACGUUAAAAUUU